AUGGCUCCUAAUGUAAUGUUCCUCAUGGAAACAAAGAACAAUGAUGAGUUUAUCAAUCAAAAACUACAGAGUUUACAUUAUGUUCACUACUUCUCGGUACCUCUCAUAGGGCUUAGCGGCGGUCUUUCCUUAUUCUGGAACGAUGAUACUGAUAUCACGAUUCUAGAAUCCUCUCCCAAUCUGUUGGACACGAGGAUUGUACAUAAGGGUGUCACCUCUUAUGUCUCCUUUGUGUAUGGAUCCCCUGCCACGGAGGACAGAGCUGCAUACUGGCACAAAUUACACAUAGUGGGACAGGGAAGAGACUCUCCGUGGCUGCUUACGGGAGAUUUCAAUGACAUUUUAAACAAUGCGGAAAAGAUUGGCGGCCCGGCUCGUUUUGAAGGUUCCUUUACAGCUUUCAGAUCUUUUGUGGCACAGAAUGGCUUAUGGGACCUCAAGCACACCGGAAAACAAUUAUCUUGGCGUGCCUUUCCAUUGGGGAGAUGCCGCUACCUGAGAUUUGAAGGUUCAGACCAUAGGCCUUUACUAUCCUAUUUUAACUCCGACAGACAAAAGAGAAUAGGUCUUUUCCGUUUUAACAGAACUCUCACGGAGAAAGAGGAAGUCACGCAAAUCAUAGAAGAGGCUUGGCACCACUCCCUGCUGGAUUCUGUGAUUCAGAAGCUAAAUGACUGCAGGAGAGGAAUCAUAAAGUGGUCAAAAGAACAACAGGAACAGAGCAACAUAACCAUAAAACGAAACCAGGAAGCUCUAGAUGCUGCUCUCUCGAGUGAUACCCCGGACCAGGACCUCAUAGAUGCGAUCACUUCCAAUCUCCGCAGCGUGUAUCUAGCUGAAGAACAAUUUUGGCAGCAAAGAAGUAGGAUUCAGUGGCUCAAGCAAGGAGGAGCCGUGUAUGAGGAGCAGGAUAUUACUCGAGUGAUCUCUGACUAUUUCACUCAAAUUUUCAAUACCAACGGCAAUGAAUCCUUCUCGCAGAUUCAAGACCUACUCAGCACCAAAGUAACACCGGAAAUGAAUGAGAUGUUGACUACAAUACCGAGUGAUUCAGAAAUUAGAGAAGGUGUGAUGUCUAUAAAUGGGAACAAAGCCCCGGGACCGGACGGUUUUUCAGCUACUUUCUAUCAGUCAUAUUGGCACAUAAUGGGCAAAGAUGUGAUAAGGGACGUCAAGAACUUCUUUGUUUCGAGCUACUUACAUCCGCAGCAGAACGAAACGCACAUCAGGCUCAUUCCCAAGAUCACCGGACCAAGAUUAGUGGCUGACUACCGCCCCAUCGCCUUGUGCAACACUCACUAUAAGAUCAUCGCUAAGCUCCUUACUCGAAGACUUAAGCCACUCUUACAUGUCCUUAUCUCUGAUACUCAAUCGGCGUUUGUGUCGGGACGAGCGAUCUCGGACAACGUUCUUAUUACACACGAGACUUUACACUUCCUACGAACGUCCAAGGCAAAGAAGCGGUGUACAAUGGCGGUGAAAAUGGACAUGAGCAAGGCCUAUGAUAGGAUUGAAUGGGGUUUUGUCAAGGAAGUACUAAAGCUACUAGGCUUUGAUCCAAUCUGGAUAGGGUGGAUCAUGACAUGUAUCAAAUCGGUGUCCUAUUCCUUCCUAAUAAACAGAUCACCACAGGGUCUGGGACAAGCAGACGGCUCACUACCGGGAGUUCGGGUUUCACACCAUAGCCCACCAAUAAACCAUCUUUUAUUUGCGGACGAUACCAUGUUUUUCUGCAAAUCAAAACCGUCGUGCGUCUCAGCUCUCAUGAAGAUACUCUCGCUGUAUGAAUCGGUCUCGGGACAACGGAUCAAUCCACAUAAGUCGGCUAUCACCUUCUCGGCUAAAACACCUGAAGCGGUUCGUGAUCGGGUCAAGGGGACAAUGGAGAUUUACACGGAAGGAGGGGUAGGUAAAUACCUUGGUCUCCCCGAGCAGUUUGGCCGCAGGAAGCGAGACAUUUUCGCAUCAAUCCUUGAUAGGAUCCGCCAAAAAUCGCAUAGCUGGACGACAAAAUUCCUAUCUGGUGCGGGAAAGCAAGUUAUGCUCAAAUCAGUGUUCUCUGCCAUGCCGUGCCUCGUUAUGUCUUGUUUCAAGUUGCCACUCUCUCUGUGCAAACAAAUACAGUCAAUACUCACUCGGUUUUGGUGGGAUGCGAAUCCGGAGAAAAAGAAAAUGUGUUGGGUCGCGUGGGACACUAUGGCACUGCCCAAAUAUGCAGGCGGACUUGGGUUCCGGGACAUUGAAACAUUCAACGAUGCCCUUCUUGCUAAGAUUGGCUGGAGGUUAAUCAAAGAACCACAUUCUCUGUUAGGCCGUGUGUUAUUAGAAAAAUAUGCAUGGAACUCUUCCUUCAUGGAUUGUCAUGUACCAGCCUCAGCCUCUCAUGACUGGAGAAGCGUUCUAGUGGGAAGAAACAUCCUGAGACAGGGCCUCAGUUGGGCUGUGGGAAACGGAGAACAGAUCAGUGUUUGGAAUGCACCUUGGCUCUCUUUCAAAACGCCCUGUCAGCCAAUAGGUCCUCCGACGCUUUCAAGUCAAGCUCUGAUGGUUAGCGAUUUAUUAUGCCCACUCACAAACAAAUGGGAGGUGGAGAAGAUAAGAAGUCUAUUUCCUCAGUAUGAGGACACUAUUUUGCAGAUAAAAACAAGCUCAACAUCAGUCGCUGACACCUUGAUAUGGUUACCUGAAAAAUCAGGAACGUCCUCCACAAAGACAGGGUAUGGCGUGGGAAUGACAAGUAACAAACCUCUGACUCGUGGGAACGAACCAAUUAAUUGGAUGUCUCAUAUCUGGAAUGUUAAAACAGGACCAAAGCUAAAGGACUUCUUGUGGAGAGUAGUGAGAAAGGCCAUCCCGGUCAGUUCCAAUCUGGAGAAGAGAAGCUUCCAAAGUUUCAACUGCAAAGCGUGUGGAGCACAUGAGGACGAUCUUCAUGUCUUCCUUAAGUGUCCAUUGGCGGAAGAAGUAUGGAGCCACAUCCCGAUUCAGCAUCGACCUACAAGUGCAAUCUCCUCGGUCACUGAUCUGGUUAAACAGGGCAGUUUCUUCACUCCCCUACCUCUGACUUGA